AUGGUCAUCCCAGAAAUCUUAGAAGCUGGUGUUAAAGGAACUUCAGAAUCCCUUAAAGGUGUGAAACGAAAAAAGAUUGUAGCUGAGAAUCACCUGAAAAAAAUACCAAAAUCCCCACUGAGAAAUCCUCUUCAGGCAAAACAUAAACAAAUUACAGAAGAUUCGUCUUUUGCUGUUCCUCAGAGUGCUUUGGAGGCUCACAAGAAACAGAAUUAUAUUCCUGUAAAAAAUGGGAAGCAGUUUACCAAACAAAAUGGAGAAACAUCUGGGAUAAUUGGUGAACCCUCAAAAUUUGAAGAAUCUGUUUCCCGAAAGAAGUCCUCAUUUCCUCCUCACCCUCCAUCUGAACUGCGUAGAUGGAGAUCGGAAGGCUCUGACCCCACCAAGUUCGGUGUUCUUGAUGGGAAAUGUGACUCGGGUUCUUUGUCAGGUAAAACCAGGACUGACAAUAGUGAAUGUAUCUCUUCUCACUGUAGUACUACUUCCCCCCCAUACACAAAUACCGCAUUUGAUGUCUUACUGAAAGCAAUGGAGCCAGAACUGAGCACUUUGUCACAAAGGGGCUCAUCGUGUGCAAUUAAGACAGAAAAACUGAGACCAAAUAAAACUGUACAAUCCCCUCCUAAAUUAAAAAACAGCUCAAUGGAUGCCACAAAUCAGACGUCACAAGAGUCCGUUGCUGAAUCACAGUCUUCUCCUUGUACCUCAUACACAGUACAUGUAUCUGCCACUCAGAAGAGUGAGCAAUUGGCAGUUCAGCCAGUUCCUCAUUUGUAUAAUCAACAGGAACACUUUGUUUCCACAUCUAACCAACAUAAUCAGCAGCUUCCAGGGCGUUCAGCUUUCACAGGAUCACUGACCACUCUGCAAAAUCAAGAGAACGCCAAACUUGAACAAGUUUAUAAUCUAGCAGUGACGUCAUCUGUAGGUCUGACUUCACCUUCCAGUAGAACUCAGGUUCCUCCUCAAAAUCAGCAAAUGGAUUCUGCUUCACCUUUGUCAGUAAGCCCAGCCAGUUCUGCACAGUCACCCCCCACGCCAAUUUAUAACUCAACUCAUGUUGCCUCUGUGGUUAAUCAAAGUGUAGAACAAAUGUGCAAUCUUCUUCUGAAAGAUCAGAAGCCAAAAAAACAAGGAAAAUAUAUUUGUGAGUAUUGCAAUAGAGCAUGUGCAAAGCCUAGUGUGCUUUUAAAGCACAUCCGCUCCCACACUGGAGAGCGACCCUAUCCCUGUGUGACUUGCGGAUUUUCAUUUAAGACUAAAAGUAAUCUGUAUAAGCACAAAAAAUCCCACGCACAUACUAUCAAACUGGGUCUUGUCUUGCAGCCAGACGCUGGUGGUUUGUUCUUGUCCCACGAGUCCCCCAAAGCACUUAGCAUCCAUUCGGAUGUAGAAGACAGCGGGGAGAGUGAGGAAGAGGGCACCACUGAGGAAAGACAGAGUGACCUGGGUGCCGUGGAACUGCAUCCUAUGCAAACGAUGACAAGGAUAUUAAGUUCUGAAGCUUUACCAAAAUCAAGUUCCAUUCCAGGCAAUCCAGAGCAUGUGGUAGGUGACUUAUCACUACAGGACAAAUCUUCAGAAUCACAAGCUGGGACAGAGCUACCAAAAGUUGUGGUCCACCCUAUCAGUGUCUCCCCCUUAAGAAUGGACAGUCCAAAAGUUGUUGAUUCCAAGCCUGAACUUUCUGAUGCACAGAAACAGAAGGACCUUCAGGUAGCAAAUAUACUCUCACAUUCAGCCAGUGUGUCACCACCAGAGACUCAGGAGAAGUCCCAUCAGAAAGUGGACACAGUUCAGCUAGAAGGCAAGCAAGACUCUCCUGUAGGAACAGUACAUGCCCAACUCCAAAGGCAGCAGGCUACCGAUUACUCCCAAGAGCAGCAAGGAAAACUACUUCUGAGUCCUCGGAGUUUAGGAAGUACAGAUUCUGGUUACUUUUCACGUUCUGAAAGUGCCGAUCAAGCAGUGAGUCCACCAACUCCCUUUGCCAGAACGUUACCCCCCACGGAGCAAGACUCAACCAAGAAUAAUGGGUCCUGUGCACCCCCCAUGAAUACGCCAGCAUCCUCUGCUGUACCAGUGGGGGAAAAGGCACUGCUGUCCCCGGGUCAGAUGCGCCCACCCUUGGCAACAAAAACACUCGAGGAACGGAUAUCGAAGCUCAUCUCGGACAACGAAGCCUUGGUAGAUGAUAAGCAACUGGACAGCGUAAAGCCACGGAGAACCUCUCUCUCAAGACGAGGAAGUAUCGAUUCCCCCAAAUCAUACAUAUUUAAAGAUUCUUUCCAGUUUGACUUAAAACCAGUGGGACGGAGAACAAGUUCAAGCUCGGAUAUACCAAAGUCCCCUUUCACCCCCACUGAGAAAUCAAAACAAGUGUUUCUUCUGUCAGUACCUUCCCUUGACUGUCUGCCUAUUACAAGAAGUAAUUCCAUGCCUACCACAGGUUAUUCAGCAGUACCUGCAAAUAUAAUCCCUCCCUCUCAUCCACUGAGAGGAAGCCAGUCAUUUGAUGACAAAAUUGGCGCUUUCUAUGAUGAUGUCUUUGUGUCAGGACCCAACACCUCUGUGCCCCCGAGUGCACAUCCCCGUACGCUUGUCAGACAAGCAGCAAUAGAAGACUCUUCAACAAAUGAAAGUCACGUUCUAGGGACUGGGCAGUCCUCGGACGAAAGCUACCAAGGAUCCCAUGCCAGUGGCGAAGCUUUAUCAGCCAGGAGCAAGGCCACGGCCCAAGGCUCACAAUUAGAAAAGAAGAAGUCCCAUCAAGGGCGAGGGACAAUGUUUGAGUGUGAAACCUGUAGAAACAGGUACAGGAAACUGGAAAACUUUGAAAACCAUAAGAAAUUUUACUGUUCAGAGUUACAUGGCCCCAAAACAAGGGUAACUCUGAGAGAACCUGAACACAGCCCUGUGCCUAGUGGCACACAACCUCAGAUUCUGCACUACAGAGUCACCAGUGCCACUGGUGUCUGGGAACAGACACCCCAGAUAAGGAAAAGGAGGAAAAUGAAAAGCGUGGGAGACGACGAUGAACUUCAGCAAAGUGAAAGUGGAAUUUCUCCAAAAAGCUCUGAAGUCCUUCAGUUUCAGAAUACUCUGGGCUCUUCUCCCAGUUUGUCUAAACAUAAUGUUGCCAUAACAAGUGACCAACAGCAUAGACAUAUACAGUUGCAAAACUCCCAAAUUCAGCUUUUUGCCAGGGGCCCUGAACAGACUGUGGAUUCAAAGCUGUCUACCAUCACGGAGCAACAGAUAAGUUCAGCUGCCCAGGAUAAGACAGAGGUAAAGAGACACGGGACUGGAAUCUCAGUCAUCCAGCAUACCAACUCACUGAGCAGACCCAAUUCAUUUGACAAACUUGAGCCUUUUGAAAUGGGUUCCCCAGUUUCCUUCCAGGAGCUAAGUAGAACAGGGAAGCUCAGGUCUCUGAAAGUAAUAGGAAUCUCCCAAGAGGAAAGUCACCCUUCUCAGGAUGUGUCUCAUCUCCACCAGCCUGCACUGUCAGAUGCUCUUAGAGGAGAACUUCAGGAAAGCUCAAAAAAUAUUUCAACUGAACGACAUGUGUUAGGACAGCCCUUAAGACUUGUCCGGCAGCCAAACAUCCAAGUCCCAGAAAUUCUUGUCACAGAAGAGCCAGAUCGGGACUUGGAAGCCCAGGGCCACGAUCAAGAAAAAUCAGAGAAGUUCAGUUGGCCUCAGCGUAGUGAGACUUUGUCAAAAUUGCCAACAGAGAAACUUCCACCCAAAAAGAAAAGGCUCCGUCUGGCUGAGAUAGAGCAUUCCUCAACUGAGUCCAGCUUUGAUUCCACUCUGUCCAGGAGUCUGAGCAGGGACAGCAGUUUAUCACACACUUCAAGUUUCUCAGCCUCGUUAGACAUAGAGGACAUUUCUAAAAUGGAGGCUUCCCCCAAAAUCGAUUUUCUAAAUAAAGCUGAGUUUCUUGUUCUUCCAGCUGGCUCAAAUACACUGAGUGUUCCUGGAAGUCACCGGGAAAUGAGGCGUGCUGCAUCAGAGCAGAUUAAUUGCAUGCAGACAUCGAUGGAGGUCUCUGAUUUCAGAAGUAAGUCAUUUGACUGUGGAGGCAUAACCCCAACCCAGACGCCACCACUGGUUGAACCGCAGCCUCCCACCUCCCCUUCUGGCAUGGGGGUCACCGGGCACGUGCCUCUUUUAGAGAGAAGGAGAGGCCCAUUGAUACGGCAGAUAUCUUUAAACAUAGCUCCAGAUAGUCAUCUGUCUCCUGUAAACCCAUCAUCUCUUCAAAAUGUUGCUCUUCCCAGUGUGAACGCCUUGCCAUUUCAGGGGCCUCAGCUCACUGAUCCAUCUUUAGCUGAAUUUCCUACAAAUUCCUUACACUCCAAGACUCAAGUUAAGGAUCUCCAGGCAGAAACGUCAAAUUCUAGCUCUACUAACAUCUUUCCUGUUCAGCAGCUUUUUGGUAUCAGUUUGUUAAAUCAAAUCCAUGCAACUGUUAGCCAUCAGAAUGCACAUCAGUCUCUGCAAGUGUCUACACAGGCUGGCAAACCAGAUGCAAGUUCCACUUCAUGUGUGUCUUCUGAAAGUGAGUAUUGCUUUGCUCCCAAGUACCAACUUCAGUGUCAGGUUUUCACUUCAAGCCAGUCUUGCUCUUCCAAUCCUGUACGUCCAUUGGCAAGUCAAGUUCUUUCAGAUGCAGUUGGAGCAGAUCAUUGCACAACCUCAGUAGCAUUACCAGUCAAAUCAGUAGAUACCAUGUCCAAUUUGUGUCCUCUGCCCCUGCUGGAGCUCGCGUCACUUGGCAGUCAGGUGCAGAAGGUGCCAACAUCAUUUAUGCUGCCCACAUGUCUGCAGGGUAAUGUUCCCACUUACUGUGUUGCCACAGUCACAUCUCUGCCACAAAUCCUGGUGACCCAAGAUCUAGCCAGUAAGCCAGUUUGCCAGGCUAAUCAUACUAUAGUGCCAAUCAGCGAAGAACAGAAUUCCAUGCCAAAAUUACAGAAAGAUCACCAGAAUGCUUUGCCAAACCCAGAGAAAGAACUUGUGUGUGAAAAUGUUUUUUCAGAGAUAGGCCAAAAUUCUUCUCUAUCAGAAUCCUCGCCCAUAACUCAGAAAAUGUCUGUUGGUAGACUAUGUCUCCAAUCAGAAUCUUCAGCUUCAAGUAAAAGGAUGCUUUCCCCAGCAAAUAGUUUAGACAUUGCCAUGGAAAAGCACCAGAAGCGGGCUAAAGAUGAAAAUGGAGCUGUGUGUGCAACAGAUAUUAGACCAGUAGAACCAUUGAGUUCAGGAGCUACUGAAGUUAAUAAACAGAAGAAACCUGUUUUAGUGAGGCAGGUUUGUACUACAGAGCCCCUUGAAGGUGUGAUAUUGGAACAGGAUGUUUUUUCUCAACCUGAAAUUAAUAGUGAGGCUGUUAAUUUGACAGAUGUUUUAACUGCUGAUAAUUCCUCAUCUGGACACUCUAAGUUUGUAGUUAUAGAACCUUUAAAUGAAUUGCAAGAAUUUGAAAACAUCAAGACAUCAGCAUCAUCGUUAAUUCUUCCAGUUCAAAAUUCACCUGUCCCUUCAGAAAACACUCUUAUUUCUCCUUUGAAGUAUGUAGACAAUAACCAAGAAGGGAAGUCUCCAGGGGUUAAAAAUCAAGGUGACAAAGUGAGCAUCCAAGAACAAAGUCAGCUACCAACAACUGUCUCAUUGUUCAGCGCUGGAGACACACAGCAGCUGUCCUUCCCCAGCCUUAAGACUGCUACUAACUUUACGUGGUGUUAUCUGUCGAGACUGAAGUCACUGCAUUUGCCGCAGAAUGACCCGAAAACUUCGGCCUAUACUGAUUGGACAGUAAGCUCCAGUAAUCCAAAUCCACUUGGUUUACCUACAAAAGUUGCUCUUUCUCUGUUUAAUUCCAAACAGAAGACUGGAAAAUCACUAUAUUGUCAAGCAAUAACCACCCAUUCUAAAUCAGAUGUACUGGUCUAUUCAAGCAAGUGGAAAAGCAACUUAAACAAGAGAGCAUUAGGUAAUCAAAAGUCCACAGUAGUUGAAUUCAGCAAUAAAGAUGCCUCUGAAAUUAACAGUGAGCAAGAUAAAGAAAAUUCCUUAAUCAAAAGUGAACCGAGAAGAAUUAAAAUAUUUGAUGGAGGAUAUAAAUCAAAUGAAGAGUAUGUAUAUGUCCGAGGCAGGGGAAGAGGAAAGUACAUUUGUGAAGAAUGUGGAAUACGUUGUAAGAAACCUAGUAUGUUAAAGAAACACAUACGAACCCAUACAGAUGUCCGCCCCUACCACUGCACUUACUGUAACUUCUCCUUUAAGACUAAAGGAAAUCUGACAAAACACAUGAAGUCCAAGGCACAUAGCAAGAAAUGUGUGGAUUUAGGCGUCUCAGUAGGUUUAAUAGAUGAACAAGAUACAGAAGAAUCAGAUGAAAAACAAAGAUUCGGAUAUGAGCGGUCUGGAUAUGAUCUGGAAGAAUCUGAUGGCGCAGAUGAGGACGAUAAUGAAAAUGAGGACGAUGAUGAAGACAGCCAGGCUGAGUCAGUCCUGUCUGCUGCGCCCUCGGUCACUGCCAGCCCGCAGCACCUUCCAUCUAGAAGUAGCCUGCAGGACUCUGUGAGUGCUGACGAGGACAUCAGGGUGAACGACUGCUUUUCAGGGGUACACACAGACCCAAUGGAUGUUCUGCCCAGAGCACUGCUCACCAAGAUGACCGUCCUGAGCACAGUACAGUGUCACUACAGCCAGAAGACAGACUCCCCUGUGAACGCCAGGCAGCAUGCUGCAAAAGAGGAAGAUGAGACGGUUCCCCCUGUAGACUCUACCAGGCCACCCGAAACUGUACCCAGAUCCCCGUGUCGUCAGAUGUCUGUGGAGUACCUUGAGUCAGAAGAAAUUCUGAGAAGUUCUGUGGCAGGAAAGGCGGUCACUUUAACACAGAACCCGUCACCCGGAAGGCUUCCUCCUGCCGCAGCCGCAGCCGAGCACAGCCCUCGGACAGCCGCGGGGGUGCCCAGCGUGGCCUCGCCUCACCCCGACACUCAGGUACAGAAGCAGCAGAUAACCCUGCAGCCGCCCCCGGGCCUGCCUUCUGCCCAGACCCACUUGUUCAGCCACCUUCCUCUGCAUUCCCAGCAGCAGUCAAGGACACCUUAUAAUAUGGUUCCCGUCGGGGGGAUCCACGUGGUCCCCGCCGGCCUCACGUACUCCACGUUCGUGCCCAUUCAGGCCGGGCCCAUGCAGCUCACGAUUCCUGCUGUCAGUGUCAUCCACAGGACCACGGGCGCUCCUGGGGAUACGGCCCCAGAAGCCUCUGGCACUGCAAACCCCGCCGGCGUGGCUGAAUUAAGCAAUGUGGUGCCAUGUAUUCCCAUCGGCCAGGUCCGUGUGCCAGGCCUGCAGAACCUGAGCAUGGAGACCGUGAACAUCGUGGGCCUGGCCAACGCGAGCGUGGCCCCGCCGGUGCCCCCGCCGGGCCUCGCCCUGAAUGCCCUGGGCCUGCAGGUGCUGGCGGCGAGCCCCUCCCCGCACAGCAGCCCCGCCCCGCAGGCGCACGUUCCCGGGCUGCAGAUCCUGAACAUAGCCUUGCCCGCUUUAAUCCCCUCCGUGAGUCAGGUGACCCUCGACGCCCAGGGAGCUCCCGCGGUGCCAGCCUCCGGAAGCAAAGCUCGCGAGGCACAACCCAAGCAGACGCCCGUAGCCAGUGCAAACCAGGCCAGCAGGACCGAGCCUCCUCAGGGAUCACCCAAAGUCUGGCGGGAACACGCAAAAAAGGUUCUGGAUCCACCUGCCCCUACAGGUGACCAUGCAAGGUUUGGAGGCUCGAAUGAAAUGGGCACAGAGAAGGCUGCCUCUGCAAGUCACCUGCAGCUCACGCCUGAGCUCGCUCCCGUGCAGGGUCCCCUGGUGGCCACUUCGGACCCUCUCCUGAAGGCACAUUCUGAUGUUCUUCCCCAGCCCUCCGGCCAGCAGACCUUCUCUCCAGACAGACAGGUGCCCAGGCCCCCCGUGCUGCCCCGAAGGCAGCCCCCCGUGCAGUUCAGCGACGUCAGCAGUGAUGAGGACGAGGACAGGCUGGUGAUAGCAACCUAGUGGCUUUUACUUUCUAUUGCUUUUGAUUUUUAAAUAACACUUAAAGGUUUUUUUGAAAACCCUCCUUUCCUUAAAGCACAUUUUUUUCUGACAUAAACUUAUGACUAAUCUUUGUGCAAUCAUGAACUUUUGACCAAUAAUUGUUGUUUUGUGUCAGCUCCAGCCAUUUUUGUACAUGUUGUAUAAACAAUUGUGCCUUUUAGGAGUUUUAUGUUUAGAAACUGUACAGAUUGUUGAAUAUCUAUAUACAUAAAAAAUAUAUUAUAUAUGUAUAUGAAAACCAGGUAGUUAUUUGUGUUUAGUAAGACAAACCUGUCAAACAAAUCAAAUGAUUAAAUUAUAAGUUGCACUGUUAAAUAUAAAUUUUUAUGGCUGUGGGGCAGUUUCUGUGUAUAAAUUAGUAUGUAAACUCCAUAUUUAUUGUAUUCAUAUUGGUCUUUGAAAAUGGGUCUGUCCUUGUGUAAGACAGUAACUUUACACUUCAGACAGAUUUUCUGUGUUAUGAAAUGUUUCAGUAAAAUAUUGUUUACUGACUUUA